AUGGCAGGGAGAGGUGGGGGAGAGAGGCCUCGGCCGGGGCCUGUGUGGCUCAUUCUCCUUCCUGUCUCCUGUCCCCAGCUGACCCAGAGGCUGGACCUCCAGGGCAAUCUGCUGAAGGUCAUCCCUCCCGCGGCCUUCCAGGACCUGCCUUACCUCACGCAUCUGGACCUGCAGCACUGUCAGGUGGAGCAGGUGGCCGAGGGUGCCUUCCGUGGCCUGGGCCGCCUGCUCCUCCUCAACCUGGCUUCCAACCGCCUGAGCACGCUGCCCCAGGAGGCCUUGGACGGGCUGGGCUCACUGAGGCGCUUGGAGCUGGAGGGAAACAUGUUGGAGGAGCUGCGGCCUGGGGCCUUCGGCGCCCUGGGCUCUCUGGCCACUCUCAAUCUGGCCCACAACGCCUUGGUCUACCUGCCCGCCAUGGCCUUCCAGGGGCUGCUGCGCGCUCGCUGGCUGCAGCUGUCUCACAACGCCCUCAGCGUGCUAGCCCCCGAGGCUCUGGCCGGCAUGCCCGCGCUGCGCCGCCUCAGCCUGCACCACAACGAGCUGCAGGCCCUGCCCGGGGCCGCCCUGUCCCAGGCCCGCGGCCUGGCGCGCCUGGAGCUGGGCCACAACCCGCUCACCUACACGGGGGAGGAGGAUGGCCUGGCGCUGCCCGGCCUGCGGGAGCUCGCCCUGGACCACGGGGCCCUGCAGGCCCUGGGCCCCCGGGCCUUCGCCCACUGCCCGCGCCUGCACACCCUCGACCUCCGCGGGAACCAGCUGACCACCCUGCCCCCGCUGCAGGUCCCGGGCCAGCUGCGCCGCCUGCGGCUGCAGGGCAACCCGCUGUGGUGCGCCUGCCACGCGCGGCCCUUGCUCGAGUGGCUGGUGCGCGCUCGAGUGCGCUCGGACGGCGCGUGCCGGGGACCGCGGCGCCUGCGAGGCGAGGCCCUGGAUACGCUGCGGCCUUCAGACCUGCGCUGCCCGGGAGACGCGGCCGAGGAAGACGAGGACGAGGACCCGCCGGCCGGUCCCCGCGCCCCUCCUCGCUCCCUGCACGAAGAGGCCGCGCGGGCCACGCCCUGCCCUCCGGCCUGCGCGUGCGUCGGGGAGACCCGGCACAGCGCCUGCGACGGCCGCGGUCUGCAGGCCGUGCCCCGCGGCUUCCCCAACGACACGCAGCUCCUGGACCUGAGGCGCAACCACUUCCCCUCGGUGCCCCGCGCGGCCUUCCCGGGCCUGCGCCACCUCGUGUCGCUCCACCUGCAGCACUGCGGCAUCGCGGAGCUGGAGCCCGGCGCCUUGGCGGGCCUGGAGCGCCUGGUCUACCUCUACCUCUCCGACAAUCAGCUCUCGGACCUGAGCGCUGCCGCCCUCGAAGGGGCCCCCCGCCUGGGCUACCUGUACCUGGAGCACAACCGCUUCGCGAGGGUGCCGGGGGCCGCUCUGCGCGCCCUACCCAGCCUCUUCUCGCUCCACCUUCAGCACAACGCGGUGGACCGCCUGGCGCCCGGGGAUCUGGCCGGAGCGCGGGCUCUGCGCUGCCUUUACCUGAGUGGCAAUCAGGUCGCCCAGGUGUCACCUGGGGCGCUAGGGCCAGCCCGGGAGCUGGAGAAGCUGCACCUUGACGGGAACCAGCUGCGAGAGGUGCCCACUGCAGCCUUGGAGGGGCUGCCCGCCCUCAAGGAGCUGCAGCUCUCCGGGAACCCGUUCAGGGCUCUGCAGGAUGGGGCCUUUCAGCCUGUGGGGCGGUCGCUGCAGCUGCUCUUCCUGAAUAGCAGUGACCUGGAGCAGAUUUCUCCCAGGGCCUUCGCAGGCCUGGGCAAAGGGCUCCGGGGCUUAUACCUGCAGAAGAACCAUCUUCAGUCCCUGCCUGCCCCGACGUGGCUCAGCGGGCUGGAGCUGAUCGACCUCAGCGGCAAUCCUUUCCACUGUGACUGCCAGCUGCUCCCGCUGCACAGGUGGCUCACUGGGCUGAAUCUGCGGGUAGGUGCCACCUGUGCCACCCCUCCCAGUGUCCGUGGCCAGAAGGUGAAGGCUGCAGCUCCAGUCUUUGAAGCCUGUCCGGGCUGGACUGCCAGGAAGGCCAAGAGGACACCAACCUCCAGGGUCAGUGCCAGGAGAACUCCCAUCCACAGACGACAUUGAAGAACAGACAAGGAGCAUCGGCAGAGAAGACCUAAGGCUGCGGCCCAGCUGGUGAGGUAGAGAAGCAAAGAGACCACACCCGAGAGUGGAGCACCCUGUCCUGGACUCAGCCCAGCCCACUGGCUCUUACUGUCAUCAGGAACUGGUUCCGAGACCCCUAAAGCCUCAAGGUUCUCCU